AACAAUGCCAGUCCAAGCACCAAGAAGCCUGCACCAGAUGCUCUGAACAAGAAGAGGUUUACUCCAAAAUCACUUCACAUGUCGAUUAACUUUGCCUCUCUUGCUGGUGAAACCAGCAAAAAGGCGUCUCCUGUUCUUCAAAAGAAUAGAAAUUCAAGAAUUAAUGCAAUUGCUGCCAAAAUAACCGAAGAGAGCUCAACUCCCAGACGAACAACAAUUAGGGCAUCCAUGAGUGGAUAUCAAAGCAUACUUCAGCAACAACCCCUCAGUCAGAAAAUAGAAGGACCAGAACUCUACUUGAUCAGUCAGUUUCUGGGAACAGAACAGCUGAAGGGAAAUGGCAGUCACUCUUGGCAGAGCGACCACAACCUUCAGUUGCAUGCGGAAGCAAAUCAAGGUCUCCUAUUAUAUUUCUCCGUUUAG